UCUCGAGUGAUUUAUAAACGGCUCUCACGAGGCCUCCAAAUCUUAAGACUAAAGUAAAAACAGACCAUGCAAACCAAGAUGACGUCUGUCUGUCGGACUCGCGCCUCGAGCCUUCGCUUGAUAUUGUGCUGCUGCUUCCUGCUCUUGGCCACUCAGCCGCAGCAACCGAGGGCCCUUGCCGCCGCCGCUCGGUGGGAGCUGCUGCAGAGCAACAUCGGCAUCGUGGCCAUGCACAUGCAGCUCCUCCACAACGACCGCGUCGUCAUCUUCGACCGCACCGACUUCGGCAAGUCCAACCUCUCCCUCCCGGACGGCAAGUGCCGCCACGAGCCCACGGAGACCGUCGUGGUCGACGACUGCACCGCGCACUCCGUUGAGUACGACGUCGCCUCCAACGCCUUCCGCCCCCUUAUGGUCCAGACCGACGUCUGGUGUUCCUCCGGCUCCGCCACGCUGGACGGCAGCCUCAUCCAGACCGGCGGCUACAGGGGCGGCGAGCGGCAGGUCCGGAUCUUCGCCCCGUGCUCGGACGGCCGCUGCGACUGGCGGGAGAUGGGGAACGGUCUGGUGGCGCGCCGCUGGUACGCGACCAACCAGAUCCUCCCCGACGGCCGCCAGAUCGUCGUCGGCGGCCGGAGGCAGUUCAACUACGAGUUCUACCCGAAGAGCUCCGGAGCUUCGAACGUCUAUAGCCUGCCGUUUCUGGUCCAGACCAACGACCGCGGCAUUGAGAACAAUCUCUACCCGUUCGUCCACCUCAACGUCGACGGCAAUCUAUUCAUUUUCGCGAACAACCGCGCUAUAUUGUUUGAUUACGUGAACAACAAGGUGGUCCGAACGUACCCAACAAUGCCGGGCGGCGACCCGAGAUGUUACCCGAGCACGGGCUCCUCCGUGUUGCUUCCGCUGAAGACGACCGCACAACCCACGAUGAAUGUAGUAGCUGAAGUGUUGGUCUGCGGCGGAGCUCCAAAAGGAGCUUUCGCGCAGGCGAUGGGUGGGAAAUUCCUCGGAGCGUUGAACACCUGCGGGCGGAUCAGAAUAACCGACCCGAACCCGCAAUGGGCCAUGGAGACGAUGCCGGGGGCCCGGGCCAUGGGCGACAUGGUGCUGCUGCCGAACGGCGACGUCCUGAUCAUCAACGGCGUGGCGGCAGGGACUGCCGGGUGGGAGCACGGGCGAAACCCAGUCCUCAACCCGGUCAUCUACACGCCCGACGGACCAGCAGGCGGGCGCUUCGCCCUCCAGGACCCAUCGGGGAUCCCGCGGGUGUACCACUCCACGGCAGUGCUGCUGCGGGACGGGCGGGUGCUCGUUGGUGGCAGCAACCCCCACAUCUACUACAACUUCACCGGAGUGAUCUUCCCAACGGAGCUCCGGCUCGAGGCGUUCCGGCCGCCGUACCUGGACCCGGAGCAUUCAGGCUCGCGCCCGCGGAUAAUCUACCCGAGCUCUCAGGCCCAGAUCGGGUACUCGCAGAGCUUCGUGGUCCGGUUCACAGUGGCGGGGGACGUCUCCCUGGACGCCGUGGCGGUGACAAUGGUGGCGCCGCCGUUCAACACGCACUCGUUCUCGAUGAACCAGCGCCUGCUGGUGAUUGGCAGCGGUAAGGUCGCCAAUGUCGGGAAUUCGGUUUUUGCGGCAGAGGCGGUGGCUCCGGGUUCGCGUAAUUUGGCUCCGGCGGGUUAUUACAUGCUAUUCGCGGUGCAUCGAGGGGUUCCGAGCGAGGGCAUUUGGGUCCAGAUACAGUAAUUAGCGGGAGGUUGAUUUUCCUUUGAUUUAACACUUUCUGCGUAAAUAAUCCUAUUUUUUAUUUUUAUUUUUUUCCCCUUCCCAAAUAAAAAUGGAUGACGUCAUAAAGUGUGUGAAUUCUAGGCUUCCUCGUGAAAACAUUUUAAGGGGAAGUUAAUUUGGUUGGUCAGUUUACUUUAGCAAUUUUCUCUCUAUUUUUUUUUUUUUGUAUAAGAUUU